GUUGCCGCCGCCGCGCCUCAGCAGCCCGCGCGGAGCCAGAUGCCGCCCCCUCUGCCGGUCCCUCCCCCGGCGGCCUGGCGCCUCCCUCCCUCCCUCCCCACCGCGGUGACUCUUGGAGCGGGAGGCGGAGGCUGAGGCGGCCGCUCCCGCUGCUGCUGCUGCCGCCGCCGCCGCCGCCGCGGCUGCUCGGGCUGAGCACGCCCCGGAACAGGCCGCCGCGCGCUGCUCCCCAGACCCGCUGCCCCCGCCGGCCCGGCCGGGUCUGGCGGCCCAGGGCGGCACCUUCCUACUUCUCCCCGGCCACAGUCCUCCCCUCACAGUUGAGUACCUGUUUGCCUGAAGUUAAUUUCCAGAAGCAGGAGUCCCCAGAGCCGGGCAGGGGGAUGAACCGCGAGGGAGCUCCCGGGAAGAGUCCGGAGGAGAUGUACAUUCAGCAGAAGGUCCGAGUGCUGCUCAUGCUGCGGAAGAUGGGAUCAAACCUGACAGCCAGCGAGGAGGAGUUCCUGCGAACCUAUGCGGGGGUGGUCAACAGCCAGCUCAGCCAGCUGCCUCCGCACUCCAUCGACCAGGGUGCAGAGGACGUGGUGAUGGCGUUUUCCAGGUCGGAGACAGAAGACCGGAGGCAGUAGCUGCAAAGCCCUUGGAAUACCCUGGAUGCUGUUGAGGGCCAAGAGAUUUGUGUGGCUCCUGGGCCAGCUGAGUGGCAGCAGACCCCCUUGCCCCACCUCUCCUUUCCCCUACCCAACCCUGCCCUGCCCCACCCCGCCUCACAGCUACUCAGUGGGGCUGGCAUCAAGGGAGACACCAGUGGUGCGUUUAUGAUUGGCUUAAAGGGUUGGACUUGUGAUUGGCUGCAGGAAGAAAACCUUUUUAUUUUUAAAUCUUGACCAACAGAAACCUUUUAUUUUUAUUUCUGACUCUUAUUUUAAAAAAAAAUUGCGCCUCGGUAUCUGGCUUCCCUGGAAGCUCUCCGAGCUCUGGUGCUUUAGUUAGGUCAUUUUUUAGAAAUGUGAACAGGUCUGAUUGGCUGCUUAAACUGGAAGGGACUGUGAUUGGCUGGUUAAUGGGGAACCGGUUUUUUUCUUUGAUUGGCUGCAGGUGUUCAGCUGAUAGCAACAGCUUCCCUAUCUUGAAUGGAGAAAACAGGGUUUGGGACAUUAGUCGUUAUAUUUGACUUGAAAAAAA